UUUGGCAACGCCGCAAUCGCGAAACGUAUGCUAACGCUAGAAUGUUCCUUUUUUUGGUAACUUUUCGUUUGGCUAGUUGGUAAUGUGGCACUUAAAUCACAGAAUAGUUCUAUGCUUAAAUUAGGUACUUUUUCAACGGAAAAAAGAUUUAAAGAGAUCGUUGGUAGCUGCUAAAUAUGGAGCAAGAAAGAGUAGCAAGGGUUUUAAAACGAAUUCGAAGUUUAAUUGCUAACGCUGUCCGAUCAUAUGAAAGCUCCCAAAAGGUCAACCGACGAAUACUAGAGGAAGCUAAUGAGAACUUAAAUAGAAUAGCCCUCCAAAUAUCUCAAGAAACGUUUAAUGGUCUUUCCGAGUCAAUUAAAAACAUUCUUUACAUUAAGGAUGCAACAGGGAGUCAGCAUUAUGUUGCACCUAGGCAAAACACAAUAGGAAAAGGCCGCCCGCGUUUACAAGUAACAGAGGAACAAUUAAGGUUGUUUUGCAAUGAAGGAUAUUCAGCAAGUGACAUAGCCAAACUGUUGGGUUGUUCCAAAUCAUUUGUAUAUAAAAAAUUAUAUCAAUGUAAUAUGUUUAUGAGAGGUAGAUAUUCCCAAAUAUCUGAUGAUCAACUGGAAACCCAUAUAAGUGAAAUUCAUCGUAGGCAUCCGAAUGCUGGCCACAUAUUGGUCCAGUCGUACUUAAAAGCAGACGGGAUUGUUUUGCAAAGGCAUCGCGUUAGAGGUGUGUUAAAUCGGGUGGACCCUAUUGGGACGGCAUCUAGGUGGAGCCAAUCAAUUAAAAGAAGGGUUUACAAGGUUGCAAGUCCGAACGCGUUAUGGCAUAUGGAUGCUCAUUUAAAGUUGUCACGAUGGGGCUUUGUGAUACAUGGGUGUAUUGAUGGAUAUUCCAGAUUGAUAAUAUACUUGAAAUGUGAAAUUUCCAUUCAAGCAGAGCCAGUUCUCAAGUUCUUCACCAACGCUGUGGAAAAUUAUGGUCUCCCUUCUCGAGUUAGGUCGGACCAUGGUUACGAGAACAUUCUGGUAGCAGUUCUAAUGAAUACGAUUCGCGGUUUGCAGCGCGGAAGUCACAUAACAGGAAGGUCUGUCCAUAACCAGCGUGUGGAAAGGUUAUGGGUAGAUGUUUAUAAGGAGGUUUGCGAUUCAGUUUAUACAGAACUCUAUGACAUGGAGAAGGAGGGUAUUUUAAAUAUUGAUAAUUCAAUCCAUAUAUUCUGUGUUCAGUUUUUAUAUAUAAAUGAGAUUAGUCAGAAACUAAGUUCGUUUGAAGCAGCAUGGAAUGUUCACAAUAUAAGGACAGAACAUAGUAAGACACCUCGACAGUUGUGGUUAAGUGGAUUAUUAUCAAAUUAUUCUUCAAGCUCCACUGCUGUAAAUGAAAUUUUUGAAAAUAAUAUUUCGCUCCGUCAAAGGCUAGUAGAAUCUUUAAGUGCUAUGGGGGUUGAUUUGACUGGCAAUGUUAUGAAUAUGAAUAGCGAAGAUAAUGAAGUUCGACAGUCGUUAUUUAAAGUUGAUUUAGAGUUGACCGAAGAGCAAAAAGUCUUUUUAAACAAUAUAAAGAAUUCUCAGGAAAUAACAAUUAAGGACAAAUAUUUACAAUGCGUACAUUUUUUAAAUUCUUAACUAAAACUUUUAUUUCCUGAAUACACGUUUCUUAUAAGAUUAAAAAAAUAUAUUACCU